UCUCCUCUUUGUUUUGUUCCAGGUAUGUUUAUAUUUAACACAAUGAUUAAACUUGUCAAUUAUCCCAUCCAGGCGACAUGUUUUCCUUCAGUGAUGUGACCCACAACGUUCUGCAGUAUGAACAUUCCGGACUCUCAACUGACGAGGACGCCAUCACCUUCGCUGUUACAGACGGCUUCUCCAUGGCGACGGCGGUGGUGCAGGUGGUUGUGUUGGGCGUCGGGGGCGACGGGCCCAGGAGAGACCCAGAGGCCCUGCUGUCCAUGGAGGUUCCUGAGAACAGUAGUAGUGUCAUCAGACGCACUCACCUGGGUUAUACGAGCGACACCUCUCCAGAUGAGAAGAUACGUAUUCAGCUGGUGUCAGUUCCUAUGUACGGCAUCCUGACCAGGACAGGGUCAGACUCAGACCACCAGGACAUGACAGAGUACUCCUCUUUCACUGUGGAUGACAUCAACAAACACAGAAUCAGGUACAUUACUUCCUUUGAGACAGGAAACCAACCAGUGACAGACAUCUUCCAUUUCAUUGUUUACGACGGUGAAAACAAUCGCCUUGACAACCAGAUGUGCACCAUCACCAUCACCUCUAAGGGGACACAGCCUCCAGUGGUCGCUGUCCGCAGUGGCAUCAAGGUCCAGGGAGGAGGACGAGUCCAGCUGUCAACCAAUCACAUCGAUGUAUCAGAUCUGGACACACCCAACAAGGAUCUGCUGGUUUGGAUGAUCAGCACGCCCAAAUAUGGCUUCAUUGAGAACACAAUAGGAAGAGUGGGCUUGAUGGGCGGUUCAAAUACCCGCAUCAUCAGUCCAGAGGUUCCCUUCUCCGUUGACGACCUGACCACUGACCACAUCUUCUACGUUCAGAAUGUCCAGAACACGGAGCACCACUAUCAGGACACCUUCUCCUUCUACAUCAGUGAUGGGUCCAGUCAGACAGAGGCCUUCAAUGUCCAAAUAGACAUACAGCAGAGUAAAGAGGAGAAGGUCCCAGUGGUGUCAGUGGACAGGGUCCGGGUGGAGGAAAACUCAAGAGUGGUCAUCACCAACUCCUCUCUCAACGUCCUGGACCAGGACACACCAGACAACGACAUCAUCAUCACCGUCGCCAAGCCACCUACCUACGGCAAGCUGCGUAGACGCCAGUUCUACUCCCAGCCUCUGGAGAACGGUCUGGUUCUGUCCCAGGGUUCCACGUUCACCUACCAGGACGUGUUGGAUCUGCUUCUGGUAUACACCCCUGAUUUGGCCAGCGGGGGCAGUGACGAGCUAGCCUUCUCCCUGACCGACGGCAUCCACACCAGCGCUGGGCGGCUCACCUUCACCGUCGAUGUCAGGAAGACUGAAGGACCAAGGAUGUCAGGCGCAGCGUCUAAGAUCACUGAGCAGAACCUGAAGGGAUCAGAUUCUGACUCAGACAGCCUGAAGCUGAGGUACAUCCUGAUCAAAGAUCCUCCAGUAGGAAGACUACAGCUUUCUAAAGGACGAGGACAGGACGCGGUGGCUGGACCUGUCAAGAGCUUCACACAGGAGGAGGUCAACAAAGAAAAGUCUGUUCAUGUGACCUUCAUGUUCAAGUGA